CCUGUAGCUCCAGCCGGAGCAGGACGAGAGCGGAGCGCCUGUGGUGUGCGCCCAGAGCUCCCACGGGCAGCCUGAUCCUAGGUAAGGGGAGAGGCUGAAAAGUCAUGGGCAGGAGAAAGGGCAAGGCGCCCCAGAACCCGGAGGGGUCCAGGAGGCCCGUCUCGGGGGAGCGGGAAUCCGGGUCGGCCAGCUCAGACAGCGCGCCCAGCCGGGAACGCCGACAGGGCCGCGGUAAGGCCCGCGGGGAGAGACUGCUCUUGGAACCUGGCACCGUGGGAGGCCAGGAGACCCCCGGUGGCCGCAGGAAGCCCACCGUAGAGGAGGACAGCGACUGCAGGCGGCCAGAGGCUGGGCCGCCCCCGGAGGCUGCGGGGAGACAAGGCCGCGCUCGGCGUCGGGGAUGCCGGCCUCAGGAGAGACGCAAACCCGGGGACGACCCUGGGGGGGCCCUGGAGGAGCGUCUCCCCCGAGAAGGGAGGACACACGAGCACAACCACCGCAGAAGGAGAGGGAAAGGGCGGGGACGCUCGGCUCGGCGGAGUCGCCCGGAGACCCGGAGCCUCAAUGGGGACACGUCAGGUGGAGACGGGGUUCGUUCUUGCCCGGACAGCGAAGCCCAAGAGGCCCAGGAGAGCAGCAGCCAGGGCGGCGGGGCUCCGGAGCUACGGCCCAACUCGGAGCAAACGGACGCCGGCUCGGGGGGCACUCAAAGCGGUCCGGAGUCAGGUCUGGAGGCGCCAGGAGAGUGCCCGAGUAGCGACGGCCUGAGCAGCGACGCCAGGGACAGCGACAAGCCCCGGAACCCAGAAGGUGGAUCGUCGGGAGCGAGGCCCCAGGGGGGGACAGAGGAUUCCGGGACAGACACGGACUCAAGCCUGGAAGGGGCCGGGCCUGGACAGAGCGCACGGGUAUCCCUAGGAACAGCAAGCCGGGCCACUGAGGCUGAAGAGGCUGAGAUGGGCAGAAAAGCCGCGGCCUCCAGUUUCCCCGAGGGCAGCCACGCGUGCCUUCCCCGGAGCUCGCGGGCUUCUCGGGACCCCAGGCCGGCCUGGGACGUGAGAGAUAGUGAGGUGCAGCCAGAGGCUAGGACGACGGGGGCCGAGCCUGGAAAAGCCGAGGCCUUGACUGCCCAGGGUCAGCACCACCAGGUCGGAAAGGUGGUGGGGAAGGUGCAAGGGCAGGCAGGUGCCAGCGAAGCGGGAGCUGGAGUUGAUGAGCCCAGGGACUCAGCGCCACUGGCCGCCCUGGUGGCGCUCCGUAGGCUCCGCGGGAAGUCCCCGCCAGCCCCCGCUCCCCAGGCCGCGGGUUCCCGAAGCUCUGGCCUCAAAGAGCGAUUCCUGCGCGCGGCGAGGGCCCUGGGCCUUUUGCGGUGGCUGCGGCUGCAGCUCCGGCCGCAGGGGGCACAGGGGGCGCAGGGGGCACAGGGGGCGCAGGGGGCGGGGCCGCGGGCGGGCGAGGGGCGGGGCCGAGGCCGAGCGCCUGGUUUGCGGCGCCGUCUGGUGCUGAGCCUGGCGGGAGUAACGAGGCUAGGGGGGCGGUCGAGGGCUCCCCCUGGCGGCGGCUCGAGCUCCCAGCCGGUGGCGAAAAGCCCAGCCCUCGACGACCCUAGUGAGGAGGUGACUCCAGAUCCCAAGUUCGCGGUCGUAUUCCCCAGGAUCCACAGGGCAGGGAGGGCGUCGAGCAGCCAGAGCUCAGAGGAAGUGCCCACGGACGCCCCCGCUGGGGAGGGGCGCGUUCGGUCUUGUGCGGGGGCUUCAGGGGACAAUGAGGGGCGCUGGGCACUUGGAGAAGGGUUGGCCGGGCCCCACCACUGCUCUCUUCUUAGCCCAACUCCCCCAGACGAGCCCUCACUCAAUGGGAGCAGCUCCAGCAGUGAAGCGGAGCCCGAGAUCUUGGAGGCCGAGGCCCCGGUGCACUGGGCUCAGAGUUCCGACCCCCACGAGGACCCUGGGCUUGGCACCGAGGCAUUGCUGCCGCGACUCACUUUGGAGAGAAGCCCAGGCUCUUGCAGGUCCCUGAGGGAUCGGUGGGAGCUGGAGGAUGAGGCUGAGGAGGCCCUGGAGAGGGACCUGGAGCUGAGCCUGGGGUGGGACCUGGAGGCGUCACCCUUGCCUGGUGCAGAGGGCCAGAGCCUCCUGGAUGACCUGGAGGACACGGAAGACCUGGCCCUACUGCGGCCCCUGUGUCACAGCUCGGUGCUGCUCUGCCUCAAGAAGAGGUUUCACCUGGGCCGAAUCUACACCUUUGGGGGGCCUCUCCUGCUCGCUCUGAACCCCCACCGGCCCCUGCCUCUCUUCUCACCCGAAAUCCUGGCCAGCUACCACCCCAGGAAUGCACCCAACGCCACCCCACACGUCUUUGCUGUCGCGGCAUCUGCCUGUAACCUGUCUCAGAGCGCUGGGCAGGGCACAUCCAUCCUCCUCAGUGGGCACAGCGGCUCUGGGAAGACAGAAACUGCCAGAAAGAUUGUGCACUUCCUAAGCAGCCUGGAGCAGGAGCAGACGAGGGACAGAGGGUGUCAGCUGGACGACAUACUGCCCGUGCUUCGCAGCUUCGGCCAUGCCAAGACGAUCCUUAAUGCCAACGCUAGCCGCUUUGGCCAGGUCUUGUGCCUCCACCUGCAGCAUGGGGUCAUCCUGGGAGCCUCUGUGUCACAUUACCUGCUUGAGACCUCAAGAGUGGUGUUUCAGGCCCAGGCUGAGCGGAGCUUCCAUGUGUUUUAUGAGCUGCUGGCAGGGCUGGACCCCAGGGAGCAGGAGCAGCUCUCCCUCCAGGGGCCAGAGACCUACUGCUAUCUGAACCAGGGCCAGGCCUGCAGGCUGCAGGGCAAGGAGGAUGCCCAGGACUUCACAGGACUGGUGAAGGCCCUGCAGGCGCUGGGCUUGUGCGCCGAGGAGUUGACUGCGGUCUGGGCUGUUCUGGCCACUGUCCUGCAGCUGGGCAAUAUCUGCUUCUGCUCUUCAGAGAGGGAGUCCCAGGAGGUGGCCGCCGUGUCCAGCUGGGCCGAGAUCCACACGGCAGCCCGGCUGCUGCGAGUGCCGCCCGAGCGCCUGGAGGGGGCUGUCACCAGGAGGGUCGUGGAGACGCCCUAUGGCCAGGUCUCGAGAUCUCUGCCCCUGGAAAGCGCCAUCGAUGCCAGGGACGCCCUGGCCAAGGCCCUGUACUCGCGCCUCUUCGCCUGGCUUCUGAGGAGGACCAACGCACGGCUGGCACCUCCUGGGGAGGGAGGCAGCGUGGUCACUGUCACCGUCGUGGACGUCUAUGGCUUUGAGGCACUGCGGGUCAAUGGCCUGGAGCAGCUGUGCAACAACCUGGCCAGCGAGCGCCUACAGCUCUUCUCCAGCCAGAUGCUGCUGGCCCAGGAGGAGGAGGAGCAUCGGCGAGAGCUGCUGCCCUGGGUGCCCGUCCCCCAGCCUCCGCGGGAGUCCUGCCUGGGCCUCCUGGCAGACCAGCCCCACAGCCUCCUGGGUAUCCUCGAUGCCCAGACGUGGCUGUCCCAGGCCACAGACCAUAACUUUCUCCAAAAGUGCCACUACCACCAUGGCGACCACCCGCUCUACGCCAAGCCCCAGCUGCCCCUUCCUGUCUUCACUGUGCAGCAUUUCGCCGGGACCGUCACAUACCAGGUUCACAAGUUUUUAAACAGAAACCGGGAUGACCUUGACCCUGCCGUGGUGGAAAUGCUCGCCCAGAGCCGGCUCCAGCUGGUGGGCAGCCUGUUCCAGGAAGCAGAGCCUGAGUCCAGGGGAGGUCGAGGCAAACCCACACUGGCCUCUCGCUUCCAGCGUUCCCUGGGGGACCUCAUAGCCCAGCUUGGCAGGAGCCAUGUCUAUGCCAUCCAGUGUCUCAGCCCCAACCCGGGGAAGCUUCCGGGCCUCUUUGAUGUGGGACACGUGGCAGAGCAGCUGCGCCAGGCGGGCGUCCUGGAGGCUGUGUGUACCCGCAGCACCAAUUUCCCCAUCCGUGUGCCCUUCCGGCUCUUCCUGGCCAGGUUCCGGGCCCUGAGGACAGAGGGGCAGGGAGAGCUCUCUGACAGGGAGCAAUGUGGCACCAUCCUAAGCCAGGUGCUCGGGGCUAAAUCCGACCUCUGUCACCUGGGAGCCACCCAGGUUCUGCUGCGAGAGCCAGGCUGGCAGCAGCUGGAGCAGCACCGGACCGAGCAGCGCACCCAGGCCCUGCUCACCCUGCACCGAGGCCUCCGUGUCUGCAUCUCCUGCCAGCGCCUCCGUCUCCUUCCACGAAUGCAGGCUCACGUGCGUGGGCUCCAAACCAGGAAGAGCUGCCUCCGGCGGCGGGCAGCCCUGGGGCAGGUGAACACCAUCCUGUUGGUGGCCCAGCCCCUGCUCAGGAGACGGCAGAGACGACAGCUUGGGCAUCGACGUGGCUGGCAUAGCGGUGGGGCCGCCGAGAAGGUGCCGAGCAUGGAGCUGGGGCGCUUGGAGAUCCCAGCCGAGCUGGCUGUCAUGCUGAAGACAGCAGAAGGCCGCCAGCACGCCCUGGCCCAGAGCAUCACUGAGUCCCUGCCCCCGGAAGUGCCUGCGCGGCCCAGCCUGGCUCUCCCGCCCGACAUCGACCAGUUCCCCUUCUCCAGCUUCAUCUCCACCGGCUUCCAGGAGCCAUCCCUGCCCCACCCUGGGCAGCUGCUGGCCAAGCCCUUGACCCGGCUGGACGGUGACAGCCCUCAGCAUGCCCUGGAUAUCAACAAGGUGAUGCUGCGGUUCCUGGGGGACGGGUCCCUGCUGCCCUGGCAGGAGCAGACGAUGGGCCAGUACCUGGUGCGGCAGGGCCAGCGCCGGCCGGGGCUGCGGGACGAGCUCUUUAGCCAGCUGGUGGCCCAGCUCUGGCACAAUCCGGACGAGCAGCAGAGUCAGCGCGGCUGGGCCCUCAUGGCCAUCCUGCUCAGCGCUUUCCCGCCAAGGCCCACCCUGCAGAAGCCGCUGCUCAAGUUUGUGUCUGACCAGGCCCCCAGGGGCAUGGCAGCGCUGUGCCAGCACAAGCUGCUGGGGGCCCUGGAGCAGAUGCAACUGGCCCCUGGGGCUGGACGGGCUCACCCACCCACCCAGCUCGAGUGGACGGCCGGAUGGAGGCGGGGCCGCAUGGCGCUGGACGUUUUCACCUUCAACGAGGAGUGCUACUCGGCCGAGGUGGAGUCCUGGACCACGGGCGAGCAAUUUGCCGGGUGGAUUCUGCAGAGAAGAGGCCUGGACACGCCCCCGCGUGGUUGGUCUGUGUCACUGCACUCCAGGGACUCCUGGGAAGACUUGGCUGGCUGCGACUUCGUGCUGGACCUCAUCGGCCAGAUAGAGGACCUAGGGGACCCGGCCAGUCCCCACAGCUACCCCAUCGCCCCCCAUGGCCCAGCCAAGGACAUCCCCCCAGCCCCGAGCCUCCAGGCCCCCUCACUGCCCCCAGGUCCCCCUCCAGGUCCAGCCCCAACACUGCCCAGCAGGAGUCACCCAGGGGAGUCCCGGACCUCAGGGAGCCUGGACGGCUUCCUGGACCACCUCUUCGAGCCAGUCCUUUCCCCAGGCCUCAGCGAUCUGGAGCGAGGCAGGGCUCUGAGCGGCCGCAUGAAGGGAGGAGGCUCUAUGGGGCCCAUGCAGCAAGGCACCUACCCCAUGGUGUACCCAGGAAUGAUGCAGAUGCCUGGGUACCAGCCAGCCAUGAUGCCUGCGCCCAUGCCCAUGCCCAUGAUGCCAGCGAUGGGAGCCGUCCCCGCCAUGCCAGCCAUGGUGGUGCCACCGCAGCCCCAGCCCCAGCCCCAGCCCCUGCUUCCCAGCGUGGAUGCAAGGCAGCUGGCAGUCCAGCAGCAGAAUUUCAUCAACCAGCAGGCUCUGAUCCUGGCGCAGCAGAUGACAACCCAGGCUAUGACCCUGUCCCUGGAGCAGCAGACAAAGCAGCUCCAGAGACAGCGUCAGGCCCAGGCCCAGCCUCAAGCCCCCAGAGAUGCCUCCCCGCCCCCGCCCCCAGCCGUCACCCCCAAGCCCAAGAAUCCACCUGCCCCCCAGAAGUCACCCACCCCCGAGAAGCUGCCCGCCCCCCAGAAGCCAGUCACCCCUGAGAAGAAGCCAGAGCGUAACCUGGACCUGGAGCCCACCCAGGAGGCUGAGGACAGGCCUCAGCGGCCCAAGAGCUUCCAGCAGAAAUGGGAAUAUUUCCAGAAAUUGGGGCAGCCGCAGGUCAAGGUCAAGACGAUGAAGCCUCCAGCCAAGGUGCAGAUCCCGCAGGGGGAGGAGCCAGAGGAGGAGCCAGAGGAGGAGCCGCGGAGAGCAGUGUCGUCCCCUCCCCCUCCCCCUCCUCCUGUAGCGAAGAAGCCACUGGCAAAAGGUGGGGCCAAAGCUGCACAGGAGGCUGAGGCCAAGCCAGCCCCGGAGGCCGUGCCGGGCAGUGGCCACAGGCCGGCCCAGGACAAAGCCGUGGUGCGCAGCGGGGACCCUGAGCCGCGGCGGGCAGAGCCCAGCAGGGAGAUCCGCAACAUCAUCCGCAUGUACCAGAGCCGCCCGGGCCCCGUGCCUGUGCCCGUGCAGCCGUCCAGGAAGCCCCCUCAAAGUUUCCUAAAGAAAAACAACCCUAAAGACGAGGCUCUGGCUAAGUUGGGGAUCAACGGCGACUCGCCUGCUUCGACGCCGUCCCCCAGCCCAGGGAAAGGCCCCCCGCCAGCUGUGGCCCCUCGACCCAAGGCUCCACCUCGGCUUGUGCCCUCCAACUCCAUCAGAGAGAAGCAGGGGCCCCUUCAUCAGCUGUUCAGCCAGACGCCGCCCACCACCCAGAAAACCCCACCUCCACCUCCACCCCCACUGCCGCCACCCUGGGAACCAGGGACCCCUCCAGCCGAGCCCCGAGGCUUGGUGGCGCCCAUGGGGGACCAGGGGGUCACCACUCAGCUGCUCAUGCCCUCGGGCAGCGUGUGCUUCUCCUACACCAGCACACCCUGGAGGCUGUUCCUGCGCAAAGAGGUGUUCUACCCCCGGGAGAACUUCAGCCAUCCCUACUGCCUCAGGCUCCUCUGCGAGCAGAUCCUCAGGGACACCUUUGCAGAAUCCUGUAUCCGGAUCUCCCAGGAUGAGCGGCGCAAAAUGAAGGACCUGUUAGAGGACCUGGAGGUGGGGCUGGACUCGCUGGACACAGCUGAGGACAGCGUCAAGAAGCGCAUCGUGGUGGCGGCCAGGGACAACUGGGCCAAUUACUUCUCACGCAUCUUCCCGGUCUCGGGCGAGAGCGGCAGUGACGUGCAGCUGCUGGCUGUGUCCCAUCGGGGGCUGAGACUGCUCAAGGUGACCCAAGGCCCCAGCUUCCACCCCGACCAGCUGAAGACUCUCUGCUCAUACAGCUUUGCUGAGGUGCUGGGCGUGGACUGCCCGGCUGACUCCACCCUGGAACUGUUGCUGAAGGGGGAGCAGCUGGUGCUGCACACGGUCCGGGCGAGAGCCGUCAAGGCCAUGGUCGAGCUGUUCCUGAGCGAGCUCAAAAAGGACUCGGGCUACGUCAUUGCCCUGCGAAGCUACAUCACGGAUGACCACAGCCUCCUCAGCUUCCAACGGGGGGACCUCAUCAAGCUGUUGCCAGUGGCCAGUCUGGAGCCAGGCUGGCAGUUUGGCUCCACUGGGGGCCGUUCUGGACUCUUCCCUGCUGACACCGUGCAGCCGGCCGCUGCUCCAGACUUCUCCUUCUCGAUGGAGCAGAGGAGCGGCCGGCGCAAGAGUCAGCUGCAGCGCGGCGAGUGGGAUAGGGCAUCGGAGCUCCCUGCCUGCCCCCGGAGCCAGGCGCACAGUGACACCUCGGCCACCUACGUUGCCCUGCCCACGGACUCCCACGACUACACCAUGCAGGAGUUUGCUCUGCUCUACUUCCGGAGGCCCCAGACGUCGCUGGGCCAGACGGGUGAGGCUGAGAGGAAGGCCAUGGCCAGCCUGGUGCAGUUCUCCAAGGUUCCCAUCCAGGAAUCACUCCUCAGCUUCGGUGAUGAGGACAUGAACCAGCAGGCUGUGAAAAGCUUCCAGGCUCUGAUGCAGGUCAUGGGGGACCAGCCCAAGCGCUGGGGCAAGGAUGAGCUGGACCUCAUCUACGGGCUGCUGAAGCUGUGCCGGGAGAAGGACAACCUGAGGGAUGAGGUUUACUGCCAGGCCAUCAAGCAGGUCACAGGACACCCCCGGCCGAAACACUGUACUCGAGGCUGGAGCUUCCUCAGCCUCCUCACAGGCUACGUGCCCCCGUCAGCCACGCUGAUGCCCUACGUGACCAAGUUUCUGCAGGACUCGAGCCUGAGCCAAGAGCUGGCCCGGAGCAGCCAGGAGCACCUCCAGCGCACAGUCAAGUAUGGGGGGCGCCAGCGACUGCCCUCCCUGAGCGAGAUGCGGGCUUUCCUGAAAGGACACGUAAUCCACCAGCUUCUAAUUCACCUGCCUGGGGGUGUGGAUUAUAAGACCACCAUCCGCACCUUCACGGUGGCAGCAGAACUCCUGGAGGAGCUGUGCAGGCAGAUGGGCAUCGGGGACCCCCAGGAAGUGCAGGAAUUUGCCCUCUUCCUCAUCAAAGGGGACGGUGAGCUGGUGCGGCCCCUGUGGCCCCAGGAGUACCUCAACAGCGUGCUGGACACGGACGUGAGCCUGCACAGCCGGCGGCUCGACUGGGAGACCCAGCUGCACUUCGACGAUCCCACCUACAUCGGCACCCACUUCAGCCAGGUGCUGCAGGAUUACCUGCAGGGGCAGCUGUUGGUCAGCGCCCAGGCCGACGCCCAACUCGCCAGGCUGGCGGCCCUGCAGCACCUCAGCAAGGGCCUCGAGGAGCCCCCCUCAGAGCAAGACCUACUGGCUUACUUGCCGAAGCAGCUGCAAUGGCAGGUGAACCUGACCGCCAUCAAGAGCCUGACAGGCCAGGAACUGAAACAGCUGCAAGGGUGCAGCUCCCAGGACGCACAGAUCAGCUUCAUUGAGGCCGCGCGCGUGCUGCCCCUUUUUGGCUACACUGUCUACACGGCGCUGCGAGUCAGCCGGCCAGGCCUGCCCAGCCCCAGCCUCCUGGGGCUGAACCGCCAGCACCUCAUCCUCAUGGACCCCAGCUCCCAGCAAGUGUGCUGCUCCAUCGCCCUGAAGGACCUGCAGCGGCUGCACCUGCUGAGCCCGAUGGAGGCAGAGGGCUCCCCAGGCCUGGAACUCAACUACGGCCCGGCCACCAGCCCCGAGACCAUCUGGUUUGAGCUGCCGCAGGCCCAGGAGCUGAAGUACACCAUCGCCUUCCUGCUGGACAGCGAGCCUCCCGGCCCCUAGCAGCCUGGCUUCACCAAGAGGACAGCAGGAGGGGCAGAGACGAGGACAGGACCCCCUCCACCCCAGCCCAAGUCUCACCCGGACGCUCUCCCCUGGGUGCUGUUCAGGCCAUUUUGGUUUUGACUUCACCGCCCGGCUGUUCUGGAACCAGCCCUGUAGAGCGGGGAUGCUACAGGGACUUCAACUGGCAAAGAGUCGUGAGACUCCUGGGGCGGGGGCUGCAGGAACCCGGCUUGGGCGGCUGAUGUUGCCCAGUCUGGGGUGAGGCCCACCUGGGCCCACCGUCAGCACGAGCCUGGAGCUGGAGAAGCAGCUGCUGAGGAAAUAAAACUCCUGGGAGACCAGGGCUG